GAAACACAAGAUACGGGCUUGGGUUGGAGCUGCUCCGGGGAACUCGCCAUUUCAUUUCAACAUUUAGGGAACUUUGGCACUAAGAUACAGAAUGGCGCUGGACAUCUAUGACUCUCAGUACUUAGUGAUCCUGGCCCCAUCCCUGGUCAUCGCCCUCAUCUUCCUCUUCUUCUGGCUCUUCAUGAAGGAGACCUCUUAUGAUGAGGUGCUAGCCAGGCAGAAACGAGAUCUCAAGCUGCCACCCUCCAAACCAGACACUCGCAAGAAGAAUGACAAGAAAAAGAGCAAGAAGAAGGAGAGACUUCGCUGGGCCCCAGAGGAGAGGGGUCCCUCACGCUACACACACACACACACUCCGGACCAGACCUUACUACUCCAAAGUCCCACCACAUUCCUCAUGAUCCCUACAGCCAGCGCUAAAGACAUCCUACACAUGUCAGACUGUGGCAUCUCCCCCCGUUUACCCCCUUUUUUCAAUGGAAAUCUUUGAAUACAGAUGUAGUUUUUUUCUCUGUUAGUUUCCUUUGUCCAGAGGGUGAUGAAGUGGAUUCCUACUUCAUUAAAUUAACUUGGGUUCUCUUUCCUUUUUUUAAGUUAAAAAGGAAAAAUGUAUUGUUAAAAAAGUAACUGUUAGGACCUGCUGACAUUACACUACAAUUCUUGAUCUCCUUUGCUGACAGCUCACAAACUGUAAAUGUGCAUUGAUCCAUGAAUAAAUAGGUACUGUAUAUGCAUACUUUGGCUGAGGUAUUUUGGAGGGGGCAAGGGCAUGAGGGAGGGUCCCAGCAUGUCAGACGGGUCACUAAGUAACUAACCAUGGAGGAAGUCUAAGUGCAGAGCCAGUAGGAGGGAGGCUGUGACCCAUCCUCGCUGUGGGAGCAGUAGGACAGGUCUACAGAAUGGAGGUUUUAAUCCUACUGUAACUACUUUAGGAAGAGGUGUCCCAUAUCAUCUGUAAUCAACACUCGCUAUAUUGUUGCUAAUUUCAUUAACAUGGAAUAUUUCUUUUUUUUUGUAACAGGUGACAGUUAAUUAAAGGGAUGCUUGAUAAAUCUG